AAGGAUAUAAUUUGUUAAUGAAUAUUUACUUAUUCAGAGAACGCUAUCACAAAUUUGACUUUGACAUUAUAUUUCCCUUUUUAUAAAGUUGACACUCAAAAAGAUGAAGGUUUAGGAGGUGGAAACCGCGCGCCAUUAUUAAAGCUUCGGCUUGAGAGUAGCUUUUCUGAUCAUCGAACGGAGCCCACCCUUCUCAGAGCUCUGCACAAUGCAACUUCUUCUUGCUUCUGUGUUAUUGAUUCUUCUUAUGUCUGUGCUGAAAUUUGUUCACACAUUCAUAUGGAUCCCAUAUCGGAUCCAACACCACUUCAAAAAGCAAGGCGUAAGCGGCCCCGGCUACCGCUUCAUCACCGGAAACACAGCUGAGUUCCGCCGUAUGUUCGCAGAAGCUGCGUCGAAGCCAAUACCGAGCUUGGACCACGGUAUUGUUUACCGUGCAGCGCCUUCUUAUCACAAGUGGUCAAGCUUGUAUGGGAAACCAUUUUUGUACUGGUUCGGAUCAGGGCCCAGACUCGCGAUAUCUGACCCGGAUAUGAUUAAGGAGGUGCUUAUGAAUACAGGAAAGUCAUUCGAAAAUAUUCCGUUGAACCCCUCGGCUAAGCUUUUACACGGCCUGGGACUUCUUGGGCUUACGGGUGAUGUAUGGGCAUUCCACAGGAAAAUCGCCAACCAGGCCUUCAAGAUGGAGCGCGUUAAGGCUUGGGUGCCAGAAAUCGUUGAGAGUAGCAUGAAGAAGCUGGAAAAAUGGGAGGAAAUAAGGGGAGGGAGAGAUGAAUUUGAGAUGGAAGUGCAUAAGGAAAUUCAUGAACUCUCAGCGGAUAUUAUAUCCCGUACAGCUUUUGGAAGCAGUUUUGAAGAAGGAAAGCGUAUUUUUAAGUUACAGCAACAGCAAUUGCACCUCUUCAUUGAAGCUACUAGAGGUCUCUAUUUUCCAGGGUUCAGGUUCUUGCCGACCAAGAAAAACAGAGAGAGGCAGAGAUUGUACUCAGAAACUCAUGAAUCAAUAAGGACACUGAUCAAGAAUAAUGGCAUAGCAAGAGAAAACUCAACGAAUCUACUUAGUCUUUUAAUGUCAUCCUAUAAAAAUCAAGAUAACCAGGAGGAGAAAUUGGGGGAAGAUGAAAUUAUAAAUGAAUGCAAAACCUUUUAUUUCGCAGGAAAGGAAACAACUGCUAAUGCUUUAACCUGGGCACUUAUACUUCUAGCACAACAUCAAGAAUGGCAAAACAAAGCAAGGGAAGAAGUGAUUCGUGUCUGCGGAGACAAAGGGCUAGUUGCAGAGAACUUAAGUGACCUUAAGAUUUUAACCAUGAUAGUAAACGAAACACUUCGACUCUACCCUCUUACUGUCAUGGUGAUGAGGCAAACAUCUAAAUUGGUGAAUGUGAAGCUAGGGAACCUUGACAUUCCUGCAGGCACGGACCUUACUUUGGCCUUAAUUGAUGUACAUCAUGAUACUAAUAUAUGGGGAGAAGAUGCCAACAAGUUCAAUCCGCAGAGAUUUAAUGAACCCAGAAAGCACUUAGCUUCAUUUCUCCCGUUUGGUUUAGGCCCCAGAAUCUGUGUAGGUCAAAACUUAGCCAUGGUUGAAGCAAAAGUUGUCCUAUCUACUAUCCUCCAACGAUAUACUUUUGUGUUGUCGCCAACUUAUGUCCAUGCUCCAAUGUUGUUUGUAACCUUACAGCCUCAAUUUGGUGCGCCCAUCCUCUUUACCAAGAUUCAGAAUUAAAAGUUUUCUCAAAUGGGGCUUGAUGCGUUUGGAAGUGAUGGUAUUAGAAAAAUGUGUAUCACGGAGUGCUUUGGACCUCAUUGUAAGAAUUUUCGUUUAGAUAAAAGUAUUUUAUCUCUAUGUUGAAGCCCACUUCUAUUGUUGAUUUCAUCUGAAAGUAAAUAAAAAAGAGAGAGAGU